AUGCCGUCCAUCACGUCCUUCUUGAGGUACUGCUACCUCAAGACCCUAGCCGUGCUCCUGCGAUCCGUGGUGUCGGUGUCGCUGUCGCUUGCUGCCCGCCCUGUAGAGCGGCCAGAUGAAGUGCGUCACAUUGCAUCGCGCGAUCCGUGGAGGUCAAUCAAGGUUCAUGUGUACCGCUCAGCCCACUCCACAACGGGGCCAACUCCAGUGCUGGUUAACUUCAACGGCAGCGGAUUCCUGCUGUCGAUGCAUGGCAGCGACGAUGAGUUUUGCCAGCUUGUCAGCCAGAAGACCCCGUACACGGUCUUGGAUGUGCGGUAUCGCCUGGCACCCGAGAACCCGUUCCCGGCGGCAUUGAAUGAUGUCGAGGAUGCCAUUCGCUACGUCCUGAGUCGCACUGAGGAGUUCGACACCAGCAGAGUUUCUAUCUCCGGAUUCAGUGCAGGUGGGAACCUUGCCCUGGCCGCGUCAGCGACACUCUUUCCUCCUCAUACCUUCCGCUCUCUAAUUGCGUUCUACCCCGUGCUGGACCUGGCCUCGGACGCAGCCGCGAAGGUAGCUCCAGACCCCAAGGGGCGGGUCAUUCCAAUCUCGAUCGCGCGACUGUUCAAUCGCUGCUACGUGCCUCCCGGCGUGGACAAACGGGACCCCCGGAUCUCUCCCAAGUACGCCGACUUGGACCGGUUCCCGCACUGUUUGUUGAUGAUCACCGCUGCGGGCGACUCGCUGGCCCCCGAGGGAGAACAACUAGCGGAGCAGCUCCAGCAACUGCCGGGACGGCAUGUGGUCAGCGAGCGCAUGGCGGGUUGCGACCACGCGUGGGACAAGCGCACGCGGGCUGAAACCCCGCAGCGCCGGCCCCGGGACCAAGCAUAUGCACUGGCUCUGGACAUGUUGCAGGCUUAA